AUGAAUUCUCGCUAUUUUGCUGGCGUUGUUGUCGUUCUUUUUUCCUUUUUAGCUUUAUGCAAGAGCGAUACACCAGCCAAUUGUACUUAUGGCGAUUCCGUUGGUACAUGGGUGCUGCACUUGGGUGUUGAUGGAAUGACCAAGAAAGUGGAUUGCUCUAAAAAUUUCAAGAUUACCAACAACUAUACUGUUCACCUACUCUUUCCCGAUAAAGCAGUCGAUGCUGCUGGAAAUGUAGGCUUUUGGACAAUGGUUUAUAAUCAAGGAUUUGAAAUUGUCUUAGCUGGUAGAAAAUACUUUGCAUUUUCCAAAUAUGUUAAGCACGGAUCAAAAGUAACCAGUAUGUGCGAUCAAACCCAACUUGGAUGGGCUCAUAGUACCGAUAACAGCAAUUGGCAAUGCUAUUAUGCUACUAAAAUGCAUCCAUCAGGUACUGAAAUUCGUACUCACGAUCUAAGAGAGCAAAUUGUUCUACAAGAAUUUCAAAAACAUCGUAAAUAUAUACCCAAUAAAGAUUAUAUCAAUCAAAUUAAUAGUGCACAAAGCUUGUGGACUGCUACUGAAUACCCAGAAUAUGAAGAUUUUACUCUAGCUGAAUUAAAUAUGCGAUCUGGUAGACCAACUGUACCCAAAUCUUUCGCUGGACCUCGACUUAGGAUGAAACGAGAUAGACUAUCUCGUAACAGUGACGAAUUUAUUUACUUCCCAAAACAGUUUGAUUGGCGUAAUGUAUCCAACGUGAACUACGUAUCGCCUGUCAGAAAUCAAGGAGCAUGUGGUAGCUGUUACGCAUUUAGUUCCAUGGCAAUGUAUGAAGCUCGACUCAGAGUGCUAAGUAAGAAUAGCGUAAAAAGAGUAAUGUCUCCUCAAGAUGUUGUCAGUUGUAGUGAGUACGCGCAAGGUUGCGCUGGUGGUUUUCCAUACUUAAUAGCUGGUAAAUAUGGUGAAGAUUUUGGCUUAGUUGAAGAAAGCUGCUUCCCUUAUAAUGGAAAAGACGAACCGUGUAAAGAAACCAAAUCGAAAUGCCGUCGCCAUUCGACCACGAACUACUAUUACGUUGGUGGAUUUUACGGUGCAUGCAAUGAAUACCUUAUGAUGCGCGAGUUGGUAAAGAAUGGCCCUAUUUCUAUUAGUUUUGAGGUUUAUGGCGAUUUUAAGCAUUACAAAGGUGGUAUUUAUCAGCAUACCGGAUUAGGAGAUAGUUAUAAUCCAUGGCAGAUUACCAACCAUGCUGUUUUAUUAGUUGGCUAUGGAACUGACCAGAAAUCUGGCAAAGACUACUGGAUUGUUAAAAAUUCUUGGGGAACAAAAUGGGGAGAAAAUGGCUUUUUUAGAAUCCUUCGUGGUGUUGAUGAAUGCAGCAUUGAGAAUGAAGCUGUUGCUGUCACCCCUGUGGAUUAA